AAUUGCGGGCUGAGAGGCACAGCAACUCACCGGAGUCAUUUCGCUACAAUACAAGCUCAUUACUAACUCCAACAGCUACACUAACAGAUUCUAUAGUCAAACAAACGUUGACUAUCAUUUUCUCUCUCCAUAUAAUUAUUUUGUUUAGGUUUUAAGGUACGCACAAUGGCAGAAAAGAUAAACAUGGAGUGGAAGGCAUCCAACGGAGAGGCGCAUCAAGAUGAGCUGGUAGCCAACGGAUUCGGCCACAAGAAGUGUUCCAAAGAGACAACAACGGAGAAAAUCAAGAGGUUAGUCAUGGCCAACUUUCUGGUGAUUCUCACCGUGGCCGGGGUGAUCAUCGGGGUGUUCAUCGGACUUGGCGUGCGCCACAUGGAGCUGAGCAGGACACAGAUCCUCUACGUGGGUUUCCCUGGCGAACUGCUCAUCAGGCUGCUGAAAAUGAUCAUAAUCCCCCUGGUCGUGUGCAGCCUGGUGUCCGGGGCGGCCAGCAUCGACCCCAAAGCCCUGGGUAAGCUAGGCGGCUGGGCCAUGCUCUUCUUUUUGGUCACCACCUUAAUUGCGUCAGCAAUCGGGGUGAUCAUGGCGUUCAUCAUCUCCCCCGGAUCAAACACCGGCUCCAAGCCGAGUUUGUUGGAUGACGGCAAGCUGCCCCCGACCAAAGAAGUGGUGGACUCAUUCUUGGACCUGAUCAGAAACAUCUUCCCCUCCAACUUGGUGUCUGCUGCCUUUCAGUCUUACGCUACCAGCUACAAGUUUGUGACCAAGAAUGGCACUAAUGGCUUGCCCAACAUCACAGUUGAGAAGGUUCCCGUUGGCACGGACCAGGACGGUAUGAACAUCCUAGGACUGGUGGUGUUUGCCAUAGUGUUUGGUGUAGCCCUGAGGAAGCUGGGAGAGGAGGGAGAGAUCCUCAUCAAGUUCUUCAACUCCUUCAACGAGGCCACCAUGGUGCUGGUGUCCUGGAUCAUGUGGUAUGCCCCCCUUGGAAUCAUGUUCUUGGUAGCAGGGAAGAUCGUGGAGAUGGAGGAUGUGGGCACGCUGUUUGCCAGCCUGGGCAAGUACAUCGCCUGCUGUAUCGUUGGCCACGCCGUCCACGGCCUGCUGGUCCUGCCGGGCAUCUACUUUAUCAUCACCCGCAAGAACCCCUACACCUUCCUGUGGGGCAUCUUCACCGCUCUGGCCACAAGCUUUGGGACCAGCUCCAGCUCUGCCACCUUGCCCCUGAUGAUGAAGUGCGUGGAGGAGAACAACGGCGUGUCCAAGCACAUCAGUCGUUUCAUCCUGCCCAUCGGGGCCACCGUGAACAUGGACGGUGCAGCGCUCUUCCAGUGUGUGGCGGCCGUCUUCAUCGCUCAGCUCAACAACAUCCCGCUCAACUUCAUCCAAGUCUUCACCAUCCUAGUGACAGCCACGGCGUCCAGUGUGGGAGCAGCAGGGAUCCCCGCUGGGGGCGUGCUGACGCUGGCCAUCAUCCUGGAGGCAGUGGGACUGCCCACCAACGACAUCUCCCUCAUCCUCGCCGUCGACUGGCUCGUUGACCGUACCUGCACCGUUCUGAACGUGGAGGGCGACGCCUUCGGAGCCGGGCUGCUGCAGUGGUAUGUGGACCGCUCUGCCAAGCCCGAGGAGGAGCUAAACGAGGUAAAGAUGGAGGAUGGCACGCCCGCCGUGCCGGAGCACUCGCCCCUCAUCGGGGAGAAGGAGAGCAGGGGUGCGGUCGACGAGAAGGCGGCGGCUCGCGGCUCUGCGAAAGAGUCCGUCAUGUAGAUGGUUCACUACCGUGUCAUCGAUGACCCUCCGUUUGACCCCUCAAUCUAGCCUCUCCAUACGUGACCCCCCCCCCCAUGCAGAAAGGAGGGGAGAGGACCUUUUUUGACUUCCAUUCAUAGACAAUUCUUCUGCUUGUGUCUUCUCUCUUUCUAAGAGAGACUAAGAGAACCAGGUGGGGGGGGGGGGGGAGGAGAGUGUGAACAGAGGCUGUUCAGAUUUUAACGUGAAAGUUUUUUAUUUUUAAGGACUCUAGUUUGGAAUCCUUUGCCUCCCAUUUUUUUUAUUUCUGCUUUGGUUCAGAAGAGCUGGCCUUGACUUCCUCUCUUUUUAAAUAUUUUUUGUCAAAAUUUAUAACAGCAGGCAAACUUGAAAAGGUAAAUAUCUCCCUGUAUUCUAUAUCAAUUCCCAUGUACAGUAUGGUUUUUCUGUGUAUGAAGUAGCCUACACUAAUUAUCUCACUGCACUCUGUGAGAGUAGAUGAUGAAGAUUCCUAUGUCGUUACAUAAGAUGCACCAAAUGAAGUUAAAUCCUCAGUGAUGUUCCACUGCUGGAAAAAGGACCUUUCUCACACGAGCUCGCUGUAAAAUCACACACACCAAUGUGGCUCUGGUCAAUGCUUCCAAUCUGUUACUGUGUCAUUUCAGUUAGUCACUCCGGGGCUCGCGUCUAUGCCAAGCACAAGAGGGCCCCCAUGUUCUUACAAUCUCUCGUUUUUGCACAGUCCAAACUUUUUUACAAUGUUACAAGAAUGUGUGAGGUGUUGCCGUAGAGGGCCCACUCUAGUAAUUGAAUAGGAUAUGUCAUAAUCUCUCUCAGUUCCAUAAUGGGACACAAUGGCAGCCAUCUUGGUCAGGGAGAAAUCCAAAACCAGUCUAAUUGGAAUUAAUGACAGUAGAGGCAUAGGUGAUGUAUUUCCUGCUUUUACUCAGGCAGGGGGGAGAAGUAAAGCAUGUGAUGUAUCAGAAAUUGUGCUAUAGAAAUGCUGUCACCCUGAAUUAUUAACAUAUUAUACAGUUUCUGUAUACAUAGCCUCUAAAAUAUAUGUAAACAGACCAUAAAUGUCUCAGAUUUUGUUUUCUUGGAAAGCUGUAAGUGCUAUUAUAUGAUACAAUAUCAGAACCCGUUGCAUUUACGGUCUUAUCAUCAACUGAUUUGAGCCAGUGUAUGGCUGUGGAUUGACUGCAUUGUUUAAAUGGAAUAUUGGCAUAUUCGCAGUUAAUUUGAAACAUUUCUAGAAUCAUUCCUCAAACUGUCUGGCUAACUAGAUAGCUAAUAGACACAUACAGUGCAGAGCAAUCAUUUUUGUUUUACACUGUCUUACCACAGCGCUGGCAAACCAUAGUUGACCAACUCCCUGACCAACAUGGCUGAAUUUUGGACCUUGAUAAGAAGGUUCACGUCCGUUCUAGUUGCUAAUUCUAUGGGUGUUGCACUCCGUGUGCCCUCACUAGGCUAGGGGUCGCAGUAACAGGAUGUUGCAUGUCCUAUGUUUUUUGGGGCUUAGGACUUUCGGGAGAAGCGCGGGAAGAUGAGUGGGGUAAGUCUGAGGCAAAUUAAUUUAUAGAGGGAAGAAAUUAUGAAAUUCAAAUAGUCUCUAUGACAAAGGUGUAUUUUUAAAGCAAUUGUUAUUGGCUGUAAGCCAUUUUAUCAAUUUGUGUUUUAUUUCAUUGCUUUUAAUGGUCUCCAAAGCAGACGAGGCCAGUGGCUGAGUAGGAACGUACUCUGACAUGAUCCUCUUUUUGUGUCAGUUCUACUGUUUUUAAAUUGUCUCCAAACCGGCUUCCCUUCGUCAAGUGAAGCAUGUCCCUUACCGAAACCAUUAGCACAGCUUUUAAAAAUGUUUUAUUUGCAGACUUAUUUAAAUUAUUUUAAAGUGUAUUUUUGCUAGUUAUUUGAUGUUUUAAUCAUUUGUUGAUAAUAGCUUUUUAUACUCGAAAGAUUUUUUUUCUUCUUUUGUCCAACGGUUAUUUGUUUGUGUGCGUAUGUACCUACUGCUUCUGUUCAGGUCUUUCUCUGUUGCGGUUAGUUCAGACAAUGUGUCCUGUGGUUCGCUCAUUUGUGAUACCCAUCCGUCCAGCGUUGAUCGGGUCAGUCCAUACCGCUGAGAGGAAAUCCAUACUGUGUCUGUCACUGCCUGUGUUUUGGUAAAAAGCUGAGGGAUGGACCUGGAGAAAUUCGAAGCAAUAGUAUGCAAGGACUGACCAUCCAUGAUAUCAAAAUGAUAGUUUUAACUAUGUUUUGAGGCUGUACAGUGUUUGACUACAAAUACUUAGUUUGGAGUAUAAAAAGCUUUUAUUUUGGGUUCAGAUUGGGGUUGAACUAAACUCAUGAGCAUUUCUAAAUUAUAUUCUUCAAGAAUCAAUGGAUACACUGUAUCAUUAAUUUAUAUGUCCGAAAAUGUAUUUAGCGACUAAGGAUUCUAGCUUGAACAAUUCCUCGCCUUUUCUCUGAAGAUUUGGUUUCCUAACCUCACCGCGUGUAUUGAAAUGAUACACCCCCUAUCGUAGGGCUUGAAUCAGUUCUCGGAUUAUCCAGUUUUAGCCGACAUUAUCCAAGGCUGACAAUGAAGACUUGCCCUAAAAGAAUGCAACGAGCCGCCUGAAAACGUGUGGCGAGACCGCAUUUGCGCCAGUACGAUUAACACUUUCAAAGUAGCAGCAUCUACUUGGCCAGUUACUUGAGUUCCAGUUCAACAUUUACCUGCUCUGUCGCAGGCUACCAUUGGAAAACCAUUUUCCUGAGCGAAAAAGAAGCGACUAUCAAUCUACUCUCUGAGUUUAUUUAUUUCAGGGAAAGUGAUUUACAAAGGUAAACCUUCAAUAGUGGACAUACUAGCAUUAUGCUGGCUACCGGUGGAUAGUCUGCAAAAAUACAGUUUACUGUAUCAGCCAGGUUGAUAUCGCGUUUGGAACAGUUGUCUUAAAGGGGCAGCAUCCUAUUUUGAGAUGUACAUUUUUUUUCUUCGCAAAACCACUUUUGAACCUUUGAUGCCACCUUUGGUUCUGCAGCCUUUUCUCCCUGCUGUCUGUCUUUUAUGUUUUAUGCAAUGCUGUAAAGAAAUGCUUAUCAUUCCACAAGGUCUUCGGAGUGACGUCACCACGUUGUGUGUGUGUGAGUCAGCGUGUGUACAGAUAUAUAUGUGUGGUCAGACACCAUGGUUACUUGACGACAUAUUUAUCAAAGCUGUAGAGAACCACGGUGUUACUCUGGGUGGGCUCUGAAUGUAAUCCGUUAGUUCUAAAAAAUAAAAUACUUUUUAUUAGUAUUCACUUGUUGA